GCCUGCCCGAUCAGCUGCACUCAUAAUUGGGGCAGCAAGCAAACUCCUCAAGGACUGCUUGCGAAAUCUGGAAAGAGCCUUUGUCCACGUGCCCUCACGUGCUUCUCUCUCCCAUGCCCUUUCCACUCACUUGGACCUAUAAUUGCACCUUCCAAAAACUCUUCACACUUGGCUCUCCCUAUUCAUUUUCUUCGGUGAGCUUCAUUAUAAAAGUCUCGUUCUAGUCCCAACUGUGAGCUUAAUUACUCGUCUCCCAUCCUCCUCCUUGUUCUGCUUCUUUUUUGUCGCAAUUAGAUUGUCUUAACCUCCACCAACAAUCCCCUGCUGCUCAACAAUCACCGUACUCCUCAUGAAUGGGCUGUAUCAUAUCGAUCGUCAGUUUCAUAUAUGCUCCACAUGCUUCAAUUAUGCAAGCUAAUUGGGUGUGACUGUUUCUGGAUUGCGCUGUGCUAAUGAAUACUCUUUCUGUGGGUUUCGCCGUUUCACUGCGUUUGCGUCAUCGUUGCAUUUAAUAAUCCUCCCGAUCAUUUUAACGGCCAAAGUUGAGAUUUUUUUUUUUUCCGUUUUUGGGUGAUCAUGGGUUGUGCUAGUUCCAAGGAAAAGAGAUGCCGCCAUUGCAACGCGCCUUAUUCCCCUGUUCCGAGAAGCUACUCAAUGCACGUACAUCACCCACCUCAGAGCAAAGACGACAGCCAUCAUCUCGUGGGGCUGACCUCUUCUACCUUUGGAUCACUCAAGCUCGAUUUGAGUCACAAGGCUUUUGAUAACAGUCACCAAAAUGGCAUCGGGUUUUCUAAUGGCGGUUUGCUGGAGAAGGAAACCAAUAUCAAAGAAUUCUCAAAGGAGUUAACUGAGGCCAAGACAUGGUCUAAUAGCAUUGAUCAGAAAAUAUCACAGGUUAUUCCCAGGACUCCGGUAGAAACACCUCCCGGAGAACCAGAGACCAUCAACACAUGGGAAUUAAUGGAAGGCCUUGAAGACAUGAGCCCUCUCCGAUCACCCAAUCACUUCCGAAGCUUCUCUUUUGAUGUCCAUUCGCAUCCGAUUCCUGCUCCUGCCCGUGAGCACAAGCCCAUGUACAUGUGGCUUCAAAGAACAGAGGAUGAGCCGAGCCUCAAGUCCAACGUACCAGAUUUUGAUCCUGAAGCGAUUUCCUCCUUCAGGAAGUCAUCGCAGCAACUCUCUCCAGAUAUCCCAUUUCACCGUCGCACGCUGGAUAGAAAAAACUUAUCCUAUGAUUUCACAGAAGAAACCAAAAUCAACGGCGAUGUUAUUGAUUUUGAGCCUCUGUCGUGUGGGAAGGACAGGGUGGUUGUGUAUUUCACAAGCCUACGCGGGAUAAGAAAGACGUACGAGGAUUGUUCCCAUGUGAGGGUCAUUCUAAAAGGAUUGGGUGUUCGAGUGGAUGAGCGUGAUGUAUCCAUGCAUUCUGGGUUCAAGGAGGAGCUCAAAGAGCUAUUAGGCGAUAAAAUUUAUCGGGGAGGAUUGCCGAGGGUGUUUGUCGGAAACAAUUACAUCGGUGGCGUCGAGGAAAUUCGGAAAUUGCAUGAAGAUGGGCAUCUUGAGAAAUUACUUGAUCGUUGUGAGAAGAUCAAUGAUGGUGAAGGAGUCUGUGAGGGUUGUGGAGACAUAAGGUUUGUGCUUUGUGAAACCUGUUCAGGAAGCUGUAAAAUCUAUUAUGAAGGUGAUGAGGAAGAAGAAGACGGUGAAGUGGCUGGCUAUGGAUUCCAGCGUUGUCCUGACUGUAAUGAAAAUGGACUAAUCCGCUGCCCAAUCUGCUUCUAAUGAUUCCUACCUUUUAAUAUCCACUGUUAUUUAAUCCAAUAUUUGUGCUUAGCCUGCUGGGUUUUCCCCACCUUGUCCUGUGAGUUUUUGUUGUACAGUCAUCUCUUGGAAUGCUGAAUUCUAAUCAGUCUCAGACGAAACAGAGGCUUGUAUACUAUUCACUUUCUUGCAAAACUAUAA